UGGUGAUGGUUGGAAUUUGUGAACAAGGCCAUAAUAUGUAAUGAAGAGUUUUCUCUUUUCUCCUCAGUUUGUUGCUAUUUGCUUCCUACACAUGUACAAUGAAUAAAGCCAACUUACUCCACACUGACAUAAACCUGAAAAUCACCUUAUUCUCUGAAGUGAGUGUUGGGAUCUCAGCUAACAGUAUCCUUAUUUUUGCCCAUCUCUGCAUGCUCCUUGGUGAGAACAGGCCUAAGCCCAUUGAUCUCUACAUUGCUUUCUUCUCCCUAACCCAACUAAUGCUGCUUAUAACUAUGGGACUCAUAGCUGUGGACAUGUUUAUGCCUUGGGGGAGAUGGGAUUCUACCACAUGCCAAUCCCUUAUCUAUUUGCACAGGCUUCUGAGAGGCCUCACCCUUUCUGCUACCUGUCUGCUGAAUGUCCUUUGGACCAUCACACUUAGUCCUAGAAGCUCCUAUUUAACAAAGUUUAAACAUAAAUCUCUCCAACACAUCUCCUGUGCCUUUCUUUUCCUCUGUGUUCUCUAUAUGUCUUUUAACAGUCACCUCUUCAUAUCAAUUAUUGCUUACCCCAAUUUGACCUUAGAGAAUUUCAUGUAUGUUACUCAGUCCUGCUCACUUAUACCUCUGAGUUACUUCAGAAAAAGCAUGUUUUCCAUACCCAUGGCCAUCAGGGAAGCCUUACUUAUUGGUCUCAUGGCCCUGUCCGGAGGGUACAUGGUAGCUCACCUAUGGAGGCACAAGAAGCAAGCCCAGCACCUUCACAGGACCAGCCUUUCUUCAAAAGCAUCCCCAGAGCAAAGGGCCACCAGGACCAUCAUGCUGCUCAUGAGCUUCUUUGUGGUUCUCUACAUUUUAGACUUAGUUAUCUUCCACUCAAGAAUGAAGUUCAAGGAUGGCUCAAUAUUGUAUGGUGUUCAAAUUAUUGUGUCCCAUAGCUAUGCCACAGUCAGCCCUUUUGUGUUUAUUUGCACUGAAAAGCGUAUAACUAAUUUUUUGAGGUCAAUGUGUGGCAGAAUAGUAAAUAUUUGAUUAUUCAUUGAUGGUUAUGGACCAAGAGUAUAAUCCAUUAUGCUGUCAUCAGAUCUAUGGUUCAUUAUAUGGUGCAAACAUUCUGCGGCUU